AUGGGUGACUGGAGCUUCCUGGGUAGACUAUUGGAGAAUGCACAGGAGCACUCCACAGUUAUAGGCAAGGUCUGGCUGACUGUCCUAUUCAUCUUCCGAAUCCUGGUGCUAGGAGCUGCUGUGGAGGAGGUGUGGGGAGAUGAGCAGUCAGACUUCACCUGCAACACCCAGCAGCCGGGCUGCAUGAACGUGUGCUACGACAAAGCCUUCCCCAUCUCCCACACCCGCUUCUGGGUGCUGCAGAUCAUCUUCGUGUCCACGCCCACCCUCAUCUACCUGGGGCACGUGCUGCACAUCAUGCGCAUGGAAGAGAAGAAGAAAAGCAGGGAGGAAGAGAAGUUGAAGGGGGACAACCUACACCUUAGACCCGAUGGGCAGUGUGGGUCCAGCAACCACAGCCAGAAGGACAAACUCAUUCUGCGGGAUGACUGGGGAAAGGUCCAAAUCGCUGGGGCCCUGCUCCAGACCUACAUAUUCAACAUCAUCUUUAAGACGCUGUUUGAAGUGGGCUUUAUCGCUGGACAGUACUAUCUGUAUGGCUUUGAGCUAAAGCCACUCUACCACUGUGACCGGUGGCCCUGCCCCAACCUCGUGGACUGCUUCAUCUCCAGGCCCACAGAGAAGACCAUCUUCAUCAUCUUCAUGCUGGCCAUCGCCUGCCUGUCCCUCUUACUCAACGUGCUGGAGAUAUACCACCUGGGCUGGAAGAAGCUUAAACAGGGCAUGACCAACCACUAUGACCCAGAGGCCGCAGAAUCCAGGGUGGGGGCCAUCAUAUCUGGGGAUGUGCCCCCACUCCCCUCCCAUUAG